CCCGCACCAUGCUCCUCAAUGUUCUCACAACCAAAACAAGCCACAGCAAAAACCAACCCUCGACCCCCAACAACUGGCCGAACUUAGCCGAUUAGAAAAAUCUUUACAAAGUGCCGUUGAUUUGGAAGCCCUUGAAGUCGCCUAUCAAAAUGUGAAAUCCAACCCUCUCUAUCAAGGAGAAAGUCAUCGCGAUAACCAGGGAUCGCUUGACACUUUGUAUAAGAUGAAAAAACAACUUUUUCAAGCCCAAGGCCAGCAACAAUCUUUGUAUGAUUCUAAUAAAAGAGAUGGUUUUUGUUUACUAACUACGGGUGGAACUCCAAUUGAAACUAGUGAACUACCCACCACUUAUAGAAGUGGGGGCUUCUCGGUUCCUAGACAAGGCUAUCACCUAGUCUCCCCGAAGGCUCAAACCGAGCCAUUCUUGCCAACUAGCAAGUGUUCGUGA